GCGAACACCGACGCGAGCAAAAUAAUUAUUUCACUCCGUUUUUGAUCUAAUAGUAAGGUGUCGAUAUUAUAGAUUUCCCGGUAAAAUACGAUUGCGCGCAUUUUACCUUUUUCAUAAUACGAUUGCGCACGUUUUAAUGGGACGAUAGAACAUACAUUUUGGGUAUUUGCUACCCAUCUCCAAACAUACGCAAUCGUGUUCUUCUCAUUAUUUUGUCAUUUGCGUGUAUUGUACCCAUACUAUAGCACAGGACCAGCUAGCUAGUCUGCGCUCCACAAACUAUUUAACAUGGAUGCGACGAACAAAGAAGAAAAACUACCCAAUCCUCGAUCAAAAGCUAAUAUUUUUGGAAUUAUUACAUUUAGUUGGAUUUUAGGAAUUAUCAAAAAAGGAUUAAAACAAGAAUUAGAUUUGAUUGAUUUAUACGAGAUUUUAAAUGAAGAUUCGUCAGAGUUACUGGGAAACAAAUUACAAAAACUAUGGAAUGACGAAUUAUUAAACUCAAAGCAAAAAAAUCAAAAGCCAAGCUUUUUUUAUACGUUAUUUAAAAUGUUUGGAUCAACAUUUAUGUUUUGGGGAAUUUAUAUAACAAUAGUGGAAAUUAUUUUAUGCAUAAGCAUUUCAACCAUUGUUGGAAAAAUUGUCGAGCAUUUUGAAACGAAUUCAUCGGUUGGCUCUCUCGAAAUAUUUUUAUCAAUAAGCCUAGUCAUAAUUUUAUUAAUGAGGAUAAUUAUUUUUAGUGGUUAUGAUAUGAUAAGUUCACAUCUAGCUAUGAAAAUGCGAAUAUCAACAUGCAAUCUCAUUUACAGGAAGGCACUACGACUCAAAGUGAAUUCAUUAGACCAAACUUCUACUGGCCAAAUAUUAAACUUAAUGUCAAACGACGUAAAUCGAUUUGACACAUCACUUAUAUAUAUACCUUAUCUAUGGAUUGGUCCUUUAGAAACAGUUAUAGUAACGUACCUUUUGUGGCAAGAAGUUAGUGUGUCGUCACUACUUGGUGUAGCCACAUUAGUUAUAUUUAUACCAUUACAAUUAUGGUUGGGGUCGAAAACAUCUGAGAUUCGAUUAAAAACCGCCAAAAGAACGGACGAGAGAGUUCAUCUAAUGAAUGAAAUAAUCUUGAGCUUACAAGUGAUAAAAAUGUACACAUGGGAACAAUUUUUUGACGAACUUACAAAAUAUUCUAGAAAAAAAGAAAUCAACAAAAUUAAAAAAUCAUCUUAUAUCAAAGGAAUUUUGACCUCAUUUGAAAUGUUUAACACGAGAAUUGCAUUAUUUGUGACUUUAUUUUCAUAUAUUUUAUUUGGAAAUUAUAUAACCGCAUCAAAAGUAUUUGUAAUAACUUCGUAUUAUAACAUUUUGAGGAGAUCAUUGACAACAACUGUUCCACCGGGCAUAGGUUUAACUGCUGAAUUACUAGUCUCAAUUAAAAGGAUCGAGGAUUUUCUUUUGAGCGAAGAAAAAGAUACAAAACUGAACAACCUUAUAAAAGCUAAAAAUGUUGAUAAAAAUACUAUUAAUGAUAAUAGUAAAGCAUCACAUAGAAUCACUGGUGAGAGUGAAGCUGAACAGUUCAGUAAUUUUGGAGUAGCAUUUUUGAAUGUUACGGCCAAGUGGGCAGUCACUCAAGCUAAUAACACUUUAGAAAAUAUAAAUAUAACCACAACACCCAAUCAAUUAGUUGCGAUAAUUGGUCCAGUAGGAGCUGGAAAAAGCUCAUUAAUACAAGCAAUUUUACAAGAACUACCACUUAUGAAAGGAAGUAUUUCUGUACGUGGUGUAGUAUCAUACGCAUCACAAGAACCAUGGUUAUUUUCAGGUUCUGUUAAACAAAAUAUUUUAUUUGGAUCACCGAUGGACCUCGAACGUUAUAAUACAGUUAUACAAGUGUGUGCGUUAAAACCAGACUUGGAGCAGUUUCCAUAUGGCGAUAGAACAAUUGUUGGCGAGAGGGGAGUUUCUCUUAGUGGUGGUCAGAAAUCAAGAGUAAAUUUAGCAAGAGCUAUAUACAAACAAGCGGAUAUUUAUUUAUUGGAUGAUCCUCUAUCAGCAGUUGAUACUCGUGUUGGAAAGCAUAUAUUUGAAAAAUGCAUAACUGAUUAUCUUAAGGAAAAGACUUGCAUACUCAUAACCCAUCAGAUACAAUACUUAAUAAACGUUGAUCACAUUGUUAUAAUGGAGAAUGCAAAAGUCUUGGCAGAGGGUUCAUAUCAAGAACUUCAAAAAUCAUCAGGUUCAUAUUUUACGAAAAUUCUCGGAUAUUCCACAGGAACACCAAUUUUAAACAUCAAUGAUGAAAUUGUGGUUGGAAAAAACAAUUCUGAUAGCAUGGUAAAAUAUUCUACGCGUGAUAGUUCGCAUGAAUCAAUUUUAAAUCCUGUUACAUCGUCAAUUAAAGAAAUCAAAACAGUUAACGUAAACCACACUGAAACACAUUCUACUGGAAAUGUGCCGUUUAGUGUUUAUUUUACAUAUAUUUUGGCGGGUGGAAAUUAUUGCAAAGUAUUAGGUUUAUUUUCGGUAUGUAUUCUCACGCAAAUAUUAUCAUCGGGUGCAGACUACUGGAUAACUUAUUGGAUUAAUUUGGAAGAAAACGUUUUUCGAACAAUCGAAUCUUCGGUUUCAGACAGUAGUACAUCCGCAACGGAUUCAUCUGCUGAAUUAUUGACAUCGUGGACUGCAUCAAGACAAACAUGUGUUAUUGUUUUCGCUGUGCUAACAUUCUUGAUCAUAAUAGCUGCUUUGGUCCAAUCCACCAUAUUGGUAUCCGUGUGCACUAAAUCGUCCAUGAAUUUGCAUAAUCGUAUGUUCAGUUCAAUUACAAGAGCAACAAUGGGUUUUCUCAAUAAAACUCCAUCGGGGCGAAUCCUCAACCGGUUUUCAAAAGAUAUAGGACUCAUUGAUGAAAUGUUACCUUCUGUGUUAAUUAGUUGUAUACAAAUUGGAUUGACGGCGAUUGGCAUUGUAACAAUAGUGGGAAUUGUCAAUCCCUAUCUGACUCUACCAACAUUCGUUUUAGUAAUAUUAUUUUUAAAAAUGAGAACAUUUUUUAUGACAACAACUCGUAAUAUCAUACGUCUAGAAGGUGUUACACGAAGUCCUAUAUACACUCACGUAAAUUCAUCACUUCAGGGACUGACAACCAUAAGAGCGUUUAAUGUAGAACAAAUUCUAAUCCAAGAGUUUACCAGCCAUCAAGAUUUACAUUCAUCGGCUUGGUAUUUGUUUAUAACUUUAAGUAGGGCGUUCGGUUUUUGGUUGAAUAUGGCCUGCAUGUUCUACAUAAGUUGUGUAAUAUUUUCUUUUGUAUUGAUUAGCGAUGUUACAAAUGGGAGAUAUGUUGGUUUGGCCGUAACACAAUCAAUUGUAUUAUCUACUAUGUUCCAAUGGGUAAUGAGGUAUUCGGCAGACUUGGAAAACCAAAUGACGUCUGUAGAAAGAGUUUUAGAAUAUACAGAUGUACCACAGGAAUCGGCACUUGAAAGCACUCCUGAUAAAUUGCCACCAACAGAUUGGCCCAAUAAUGGUCAAAUUAUUUUCAAAAAACUCUACCUGCGUUAUGACUUGGACAAACCAUUUGUUUUAAAAAAUCUUAAUAUCAACAUUGAAGCUGCGGAAAAAGUUGGUAUCGUUGGAAGAACUGGUGCAGGAAAAUCAUCUUUGAUUGCAGCAUUGUUUAGAUUAGCUUUUAACGAGGGUAACAUAAUUAUCGAUGGUAUGGAAAUACACGAAUUGGGAUUACACGAUUUGCGAUCCAAAAUUUCCAUCAUACCUCAAGAACCAGUUUUGUUUACAGGAACAAUGAGAAACAAUUUGGAUCCAUUUGAUGAAUACCCAGAUCAUGUCCUUUGGAAAGCUUUAGAUGAAGUGGAACUCAAAGACGUUGUAGAUGAUUUGUCCGAUGGUCUGAACUCUAAAAUGUACGAAGGUGGAUCUAAUUUCAGUGUUGGUCAAAGACAAUUAGUAUGUUUGGCUAGAGCAAUUAUACGAAAUAACAAAAUUCUCGUGUUAGACGAAGCCACUGCAAACGUUGAUCCACAAACUGAUUCUUUAAUUCAAAACACUAUUAGAAAUAAAUUUAGUAAGUGUACAGUAUUAACAAUUGCACAUCGUUUGAACACAGUGGUGGAUUCUGACAAGAUACUUGUAAUUGACGCUGGUACAGUAGUUGAAUUUGAUCAUCCAUAUAAUUUAUUGAAAAAUAAAGAUGGAUUUUUGUACAAAAUGGUAGAACAAACUGGACAAAGCAAUGCUCAAUUAUUACAUAGUUUAGCUUAUGCGAGUUACACUAACGCACAUAUGCCAAUAAGCAAACAUCAAUCGCCAAGUAUUACCGAGUAUGAAGAUUAAAUCACAUCAUAAACGAUACUUAGUUAGGACAAUAUAUAUACAUAUCUAUUAAAUGAAAAAGUUUGUAAUCAAAUAGGUAUUACCUAGAUACUAUUAUUGCAUAUUAUUACAUUAUUGCAGAUUAGUACAACCAUUUUCAGAAUUUGUACCUAAAUAUUUUCCCGAGAAAAAUCAAAUUUUCUGCUUGGGUGCCAGGGUAACGUUACCCCAGCACCACCAUAACUAAAUAAUGCAUUUUAUAAACUUUUUUUUUAUUAAUUGUACUAUGAUAUGUACUGAUUAGUACAACCAUACUCAUAAUUUGUACCCAAAUAGGUAUUACCCGCAAAAAAUUCAAUUUUCCGGCUGGUAUUUCUAAAUCCAUCACUCCAGGUCUAGUAUAACUAAAUAAUACAUUUAUCAAACAUUUUUUUUUUCAUUAAUUGUACUAUGAUUUGUACCGAUUAUACUACAACCAUUUUCAGAAUUUGUACUUAAAUUUUUCCCCAAAAAAAAUCAUAUUUUCUGCUUGGAUGCCAGGGACCAGGGUAAUGUUACCCCAGUACUACCAUAAAUAAAUAAUACAUUUUAUAAACAUAUAUUUUUUUUUUCAUUAAUUGUACUUUAAUUUGUACCGAUCACGUAUCAACGUGUUUGGAAUUUGUACCUAAAUAUUUGUUGCUAAAACAUCAAUUUUUCUGCUCUAAUAUAUAAUAUGUAAGUACUAAUAAUAAUACCAUUAAAUCUCUUAAAGUUUUUCAUGUUUUAUUUAAAUUAAAAUCAAAAAUGUUAUUUUAUAAAAUGUGUAUCUGUAAAUGUAUUUUUACUUUUACUGCUAGUAUAUUAAUUUAUAAAAAAAUAUUUUUUCCAAAAUAUUCUGCAAUUGGCAUAACCUAACACAACCUAACCUAACCAGUCGUCUAGUACUUGUUCUAAUAUAGUAUCAAACGUUUUUAGUACUUUUUCUGGUGGAACAAAUGUUUAAGUACCAGUCACCUGAGUUUCGAGCUUUAUGUUACGAAGGUGCGUUACCCUGGCACCCCAAGGUCAAAUUUUCGACUUGAAAACUGUUGGGUAUUAUGUUAUUUGUUAUGUAACAAUUUGUAACCACAAAAAAAAAUUUUGUAAUCACACCGGUACCCCCGAAAAACCACUUUACAAGUUCCGGGUGCCAGGGUAACGUUACCCCGGC